AUGGAGGAAAAUCCUGCCAGAAACCAUUAUGCACAGCUUAACCAGGGAGAAGAGAACGAAAUGGAUAUUUUUGGCUACAAAACUCAUGGCUGCCGAAAGGCCUUGUGCAUUGCUGGCUACAUCUUGUCCUGUGGGGCUCUGCUGCUGCUCUUCUACUGGAAGCCAGAGUGGGAUGUGUGGGCAAACUGCAUCCGCUGCAGCUUGGAAGAAGCUGACACUGUUCUGCUCAGAACAACAGAUGAAUUUCAGAUUUAUUCUCGUAAGACUGUGACAUGGAUCUCUGUGUCUGCACUUACCAAAAGCAGAUCAGAUUAUCCAGCUGCUACUGAGGAAGACUCAAUCUUCAGUAAAGCCAUAAUGAAGCCAAGUUUGCAAGUGAAAAGCAUCCAAGUACAAAAAAUCCGCUACGUCUGGAAUAUCUAUGCAAAACAGUUCCAGAAAGUUGGAGCCCUGGAAGACCACUACACUUGCUCAGCUAUACAUGCCAAAUUUGGGUCGGGUCUUACCUGCAAUGAGCAGAAUGUCAGGAGAGCUAUUUGUGGGCCAAACACUAUUGAUGUUCCAGUGAUCCCAAUUUGGAAGCUACUCAUCAAAGAGGUUUUAAAUCCAUUUUACGUGUUCCAGCUGUUCAGCGUGUGCCUGUGGUUUGCUGAAGAUUACAUGGAGUAUGCCACUGCCAUCAUAGUCAUGUCUCUCUUCUCGGUUUUUUUGACUGUAUAUGAUCUUAGACAGCAAUCAGUUAAACUGCACAGACUGGUUGAGUCUCACAACAACAUCAUGGUCACUGUCUGCACCAAUAAGGAAGGUUCCCAAGAGCUGGAAUCACAACAUCUUGUUCCUGGCGAUACAAUGAUUUUGCAAGAGGGCAAAACCCUUUUACCUUGUGAUGCCAUCCUGAUCAGUGGGCAGUGCACUGUAAAUGAAAGCAUGCUGACAGGGGAAAGCAUUCCAGUAACAAAGACCCACUUACCCCAAGCUGAUAACUUCCUGCCCUGGAGAAAGUACUGUGCAGAGGAUUACAAAAAACAUGUCCUCUUCUGUGGAACAGAGGUCAUAAAGGCCAAAGCGAAUGGCAGAGGACUAGUGAAGGCUGUGGUGCUGAGAACUGGCUUCAAUACAGCCAAAGGAGAUCUGGUGAGGUCCAUUCUCUACCCUAAGCCCAUGGACUUCAAGCUGUACAGAGAUGCCCUGUGGUUCCUGAUGUGUCUCAUAGCUUUUGCAGCCAUUGGGAUGAUCUAUGCAGUCUGUGUCUUUGCACUUAAUGGGGAGGCGGCAGGGGAAGUAGUGAAGAAGGCUUUGGAUGUUAUCACUAUUGCUGUCCCCCCAGCUCUGCCAGCUGCCUUGACAACAGGAAUCAUUUAUACCCAAAGGAGGCUAAAGAAAAAGGGCAUCUUCUGCAUCAGCCCACAGAGGAUCAACGUGUGUGGACAGCUGAACCUCAUCUGUUUUGACAAAACUGGCACCUUAACAGAAGAUGGCCUGGAUCUUUGGGGCUUGCUGCCCUCUGAAAGGAACUGCUUCCAGGACAUUCACAUCUUCCCUGGGGACCAGAGCCUCCCUUGGGGAUCAGCGUUCAGAGCAAUGGCAGUUUGCCAUUCGCUGAUUGCUUAUGAGGGCAGGAUCCAAGGAGACCCACUGGAUGUGAAAAUGUUUGAAGCCACUAACUGGGUGAUAGAUGAUUCCCCUGAACACCAGAUGGAAGGUCGAGGAGUCACAGGCGCCACUGUUGUUAGACCUGGGCCAAAAGCCAGCAGUGCUCCAGUGGAAGGCAUCACCAUUUUACAGCAGUUUCCAUUUUCUUCAGCCUUGCAAAGAAUGUCUGUCAUUGCUCAGGAGAUUGGUGGGGAACAAGAGGUCUUCACCAAAGGGGCUCCAGAGAUGGUCAGCACAUUGUGUAGAGCAGAAACAGUCCCAUCCAACUUUGAAAGCAAGCUCCUGUUCUACACAGCACAGGGCUUCAGGGUCAUCGGACUGGCAUGUAAGCCUCUACAGGCAGGGAAGCAAUCUGCGGAUCUAACGAGGGAGGAGGUGGAAUCUGAGCUGACAUUCUUGGGUCUGCUGAUACUGGAGAAUCGAUUAAAGCGGGAGACAAAGCCUGUCCUGGAAGAGCUCAGUGCUGCUCGCAUCAGGAGUGUUAUGGUCACAGGUGACAACAUGCAGACAGCUGUAACCAUUGCCAAAAGUGCUGGGAUGAUUCCUCCAGCAAACAGAGUAAUUCUCGUGGAAGCAAACAAAACACCUGGGUCUUUCUCAGCAUCUAUCACCUGGAAACCACUAGAAGAAAACAAACCUGAAGAUCAUGCAAGCAUGGAGGACAACAGACAGACAGACAGAAGCAGCAGUCUGGCAUCAGGAUUAGGCCACUAUCAUUUUGCCAUGAGUGGAAAAUCUUACCAAAUUGUAACACAGCACUUCAGGCACUUACUUCCAAAGCUCCUGUUGAACGGAACAGUGUUUGCUAGAAUGUCUCCUGGUCAGAAAUCCAGCCUUGUGGAAGAGUUUCAAAAGCUGGAUUACUUUGUGGGCAUGUGUGGAGAUGGAGCAAAUGACUGUGGGGCUCUGAAGGUGGCCCACGCGGGGAUAUCGCUGUCGGAGCAGGAGGCGUCUGUGGCUUCCCCGUUCACCUCUCGGACCCCCAGCAUAGCGUGUGUGCCAGAGCUGAUCAGGGAAGGCCGUGCUGCCCUCGUCACUUCCUUCUGCAUGUUCAAGUACAUGGCACUCUACAGCAUCAUUCAGUACCUCGGCGUUCUCCUGCUGUACUGGCAACUAAACUCCUUUGGCAAUUACCAAUUUUUAUUCCAAGAUCUGGCUAUUACCACUGUAAUUGGUGUGACAAUGAGUUUCACAGGUGCCUAUCCAAAGCUGGUUCCCUACAGACCCCCUAGCCAGCUCAUCUCACCCCCGCUGCUGCUCUCUGUUGUACUUAACAUCCUCUUCAGCCUCUGCAUGCAGAUCUUCGGGUUUGUCGUGGUCCAGGAGCAGCCUUGGUAUGCCAAGGACAAUAUACACAGUGCCUGCCUCUCAAUGAACAACCACACGAAGAACUCCUCCUCUGUUUCCAGUCUGGGGCUCCAUGAGAUGAGUGACGGAGCCCAUGGGCAAAUGGACAAUGGCUACAAGAGCUAUGAGAACACCACAGUGUGGCUGCUGAGUACCAUCAACUGCCUCAUCGUAGCACUGGUGUUUUCCAAGGGAAAGCCUUUCAGGCAACCCAUCUACACCAACUAUGUGUUCAUAGCAGUGCUCACAGUGCAGCUGGGUGUUUGUCUCUUCUUGCUGUUUGCUGAUGUUGAGGAUGUCUACUCUAAGAUGGAUCUCGUUUGCACCCCCACCCUGUGGCGGAUCUCCAUGGUGAUAAUGCUCGCAGUCACACUUGCUGUGUCCUUCCUCGUUGAGGAAGCUGUCAUUGAGAACAGAUCCUUAUGGCUGCUGCUGAAGAAGACCUUCCGGUACCACUCCAAGAGCCAUUACAAGAGGCUGCAGCGUGUGUUAGAGCAGGACUCAGCCUGGCCACCUCUGAAUGAAACCUUCUUCUCUGAUUCUGUGGCAAUAUCACUGGAGGGAAAUAUGGGAGGCCAUAGCAAUCCAACAUUUGACAGCAAAGAGGAUGCACUCUGAUGUGAUCUGCAGAGGACAGCUGUCCAGGAGAGUUGUGUUUGGCUGUGGAAGGGCAAUCCUGGGGACGUAAGAGGAAGGAUUGACUAUCAGCUCUGGCUUAUUUUUCAACUGGCUGGCAGCAGAAAAGCUGGCU